AUGCAGAAUACAAUUCCCCUGGGCCUGUGUUAUCCGUUUCUUGAAAAAGAAUAAACAAAUGGCAGCCUCUCUUCAUCAUUCCAUAACCAUUUGGUCUCUCCUACCAUUUUCAUCUCAACACAGUUCAAAUAAAUCAAUUUCUACAGCCAGAUUCCACAACAACAUUGUUGAUAAAUCAAAAUCAAUAUCAAGAAACAGAAUGCAACUAGGGAACAAUACUUAUAAAUCAGAAUCAAGAAGGGGAAUGAGAUUACAGAGGAGUAAUUGUAAAGCAAAUUUAAGUAAUGGUGAUGAAGCUGAGGCGAAGUUAUAUUUGGGGAUGGAUUUUGGUACAUCUGGAGCUAGAUAUGCAGUUAUUGAUAAGGAAGGGGUCAUACAUUCUGAAGCUAAGAGGGAUUAUCCUAUGUUUAUGAAUGGUGAUGCGGUCGAUUGGGUGCGAUCAUGGAAAACAACACUUUUUUCUCUUCUUGAAGAUAUACCAAUCACUAUGCGUUCAUUAAUCACUUCCAUCUCUAUAGACGGGACUUCUGCAACUACUCUGAUUUUAGACAGCAAAACAGGAGAAGCUUUAGCAAGGCCUUUACUCUAUAACGAGAGCUGUCCUGAUGCUUUACCAAUUGUUAAAUCCAUUGCUCCUAUAAACCACACAGUAUGCUCCGGUUCUUCGACCUUAUGCAAGCUCGUUUCAUGGUGGACUUCAAGUGAUUCGAGUAGAGAGUCUGCAGUACUAAUGCAUCAAUCUGACUGGCUUUUGUGGCUUCUGCAUGGUAAAAUCGGAGUGUCUGACUACAAUAACGCGUUAAAGGUUGGUUAUGAUCCCGAACUUGAAUCGUAUCCACCAUGGCUGAAAUCUCAACCGUAUUCACAUGUUCUACCGACCAUUCAAGCUCCUGGAACUAUAAUCAGCACCCUCAAAGAGGACAUAAGAAUAAAGCUUGGUUUUCCUGAAGAUUGUGUUGUGUGUACGGGAACUACGGACAGUAUAGCUGCGUUUCUUGCAGCCCGAGCUACUCAGCCUGGGAAGGCGGUGACAUCUUUGGGUUCAACGCUUGCGAUAAAACUACUAAGCACCACAAGGAUUGAUGAUGCACGGUUCGGGGUGUACAGUCAUCGUCUUGAUGACAAGUGGCUGGUCGGAGGUGCCUCAAACACUGGCGGAGCAGUUCUGCGGCAACUUUUUUCCGAUGAGCAACUGGAGAAUUUGAGUGUGCAGAUAAACCCGAUGGAAGCUUCACCGUUGGAUUAUUACCCACUACCGGUGGAGGGAGAGAGGUUUCCAAUAGCCGAUCCCAAGAUGGCCCCAAGGUUGAGUCCUCGACCAGAAUGUGAUGCAGCAUACUUGCAUGGAAUUCUCGAAUCAAUAGCUCGCAUUGAGGCAAAAGGGUAUGCAUUGUUGAAGGAUUUAGGAGCUACUAAAGUAGAAGAAGUGUUUACUGCGGGUGGUGGAUCGAAAAACGAUAAGUGGACAAAGCUACGAGAGAGAGUGCUUGGUUUGCCUGUACGUCGAGCACUUCAAACCGAAGCGGCGUAUGGGGCUGCUUUAUUGGCGUUAAAGGCAACCGAAUAACUAUAAAGUGACUUACGGGACAUACAUUAUUAGCCUAUCUUUUUGAACUAAGUAUACUGUCUAAAAAAUGAUGGAACAUUCACCGAGAAUUUGUCCAUUGAAUACACAAUAUACUUUAUCAAGUGAAUGAAAGCUCACAUUCACAUUCUUGCC